AACAAAAAAUAAAAGUUUAUAGGGAAAAAGUGACAAAAUAUUGGAAAGAAGUGAGAUUUCACGUCACUAACAUUUGCAUCACACCUUCCCGUGUCAGAUGGCUCUGUACCAAAAGUAUUAGCAUAUUCUAAUAAUAUUGAGUUCUUCAUUAAUGACAUUCCACUAAAUAGGCUCUAAUUACUUACAACUGCAAUUGUGGUGGCAAGGUGUUCCUUUCUGAUGAUCAGCAUCUCAUUUUUAUUCACCGAACUUUGCAACUACUUUCAAAAUCUUAAGGCACUUUUGAUUUAAGCAAAUUAAAGUGCGUCAUUGUACGCACUGAUCAGAUGUGCAGAAACAUCUGGCAAUUGUUAUGAGCAUCUGACACAAAACAUGCUGCAACCAUUGCAGGAAAAGACACUUCAAAAAAUAUAUAUACAUAUAUUUUAUUUUUUUUAAGCACGACGCUUUAGGUCAGGAAGAAAUUGCUCUUUUUUAUAUAGUGCAUAAAUAUGAUGAUUGUUUAUCAGAUAUCAUAGGCUAAUAAUCGGAUGUUGGUGCUGACUGGCACCGAGCAGCAUAGGGGCUCGUGUCGCGCAGCUGUCGCCUUUGGAAGCAGCCUUUGAUUUGAGAGUGAUGAGUUUCCCAGAGCAUCUGGAGAUCAAUUAUCCAUUCUCGUGAGUCGGUGUUUGUUGAAGAAAAAAAAUGAGAGGAAAAGAUCAUAGCCUUUUUUUCCCGCUGCACCAUUCAGCAAGACAAAACGUGCAAACGCAUCCAAACCGAUUGAGGUCAUUUUCCAAAACCGCAUCAUUUCCAGAGAUAUAUUCCAAAAGUGAUUUAUUAGGGGUUUUUUAAGGGGUUUUUUUGCACUUGGUUUUUUAAAAUUUCUUCUUGAUAAAAACAAUGUUUUAAGUGUGUAUUAUUAAAAUAUUUUGACUUUAAACCAUUAUGUUCGUUCCUCCUCAAAGGCAUCCUCGUUUAUCCGGUAUCCUCUAGAAAAUGCAAAAAAGAGAGGGAGACUGCAUCCAUGAUCCACUGGAAUUCUGAAUCCUUGCAGCUGAUUGGCUACUGCGGGCUGCCUCUUGUUUGGAUGGACCUGUUGGAUAAAAGGAGCAUUUUCUAAAGGACUAUGUGUUUCAGAGGAUGUUGCGCUGGGGACCGUCCUGUUAGGCGCUUUCUUAAGAAAUAAACGAAAACGUCAUGACAGGAAAGCAGGGCGUCGCGCUGUCGGAAAGUUUAAAUCCUGCAGAGAAAACCUCUCUGGUUAUAAAUGGUGGGAGCCUCCAGCCCAAAAUCAGCGCCACCAACCCUCCACCCAGAUGCACCGGCUUUGGCAUCCAGGAGAUACUGGGGCUGAAUAAAGAGCCGGCCACAGCGCCGAGGAGCCCGCUCAGCGCGCUGCCGGCCGGGGCGCAUUUGAUAGCGGCGAGGUCGGUGCUGGGACCCGCCGGCGUGGGCGUCGGGAUGGGAUUAAUCGGCCCCGCCGGGAUUCCGUCGUUUUACAGCCAACCAGCCUUUCUGGAGACGGUGCUGGCGGACGGGCACGAUGUGCGCCUGCAGCCGCACAACAGGUCUGCAAGGCCGCUGGACGCCAACCAGUCCGUCAGCUCAGAUUCCGAGGAUUUAUCUUCCAGUGAACGAAAACUUUCCAAGUCAUCAGUAAAUCAAAGCAAGAAACGCAAGAAAAGACGGCAUCGAACCAUAUUUACAUCAUACCAACUGGAAGAGCUGGAAAAGGCCUUUAACGAAGCGCAUUACCCGGAUGUUUAUGCGCGAGAGAUGCUGGCUAUGAAAACAGAGCUGCCUGAAGACAGAAUACAGGUAUGGUUUCAGAACCGCAGAGCCAAGUGGAGGAAGAGGGAGAAGUGCUGGGGCCGCAGCACAGUGAUGGCAGAGUACGGCCUGUACGGAGCCAUGGUGAGGCAUUCCAUCCCUCUGCCAGAGUCCAUCCUCAAGUCUGCAAAGGAUGGCAUCAUGGAGUCCUGUGCUCCCUGGCUGCUCGGGAUGCAUAAAAAGUCCAUGGAAGCAGCAAAUCUCCCAGCAACAGCAAAGUGCGAUGCCCCCCAGCAACCAAGCGCACAAAGGUCGGAGGACGUUGAGGCAGAGGAGAAGAGGUCCGACGGGAAGUCCACCAUAUCUAAAGAGGAAAUGAGGGAGAACAGCAUUGCUGCACUCAGGGCCAAAGCACAGGAGCACAGUGCCAAAGUGCUGGGAACAGUUUCUCCUGGCAAACUGCUGGAAGGCAAACAGGAGAAACAGGCAGUUGGGGAGAAGGUCAGUGAGCCACCAAGCCCAACAGAGGAGCAGAAAAGUCCCUAAAGAAAUAUGGGAGCAUUAUUUUGUGAAUACUGUGGACUGACAGCUGUCAAAGCAAAAACAGACUCAAUGAUUUUGAUUUUCACUGAAGCUAUAGCCUGCAUCCAGACUGCUCAGAGGAGAACUUUAAAAGAUUCAUCUGCUGCACAAAAGUUGAAAUUCGCACUUUUUCUGGUUUGCUUCUGAAACCCACUCUUGUUGCUUGUCUGCAGAGACUGGAUAAAAGUAGGAAGCGAUGUACAGAAACCUGAAGUUUCUAUAGACUAAGACAAUUAAAGGUUUAUUCUGUGCAUCAGUUUAAGCACAUACCUGAUGAGCAAUUAGAAGUAUGUGCAAAAAUAAAUUUCAUUUUACCUUUAUUCUAAACGUGCUUCUACAAUUAAUCUCAAAUGUGUCAUUUUAGACGAGACCCAUCCCACUGACAGUAAGAAAGUAAUUGUUGUCUUACAUGCCGCUGUAUAAAAGUCAUUUACAACAAAGGCACAA